AUGUAAAAGCUCUAGUUGCUCUAGAAUCAGUUCAACCCAACCUCUGACGACAUCUUCUUCCACAUCGUUCAAGCACCUCCUGAUCCUAUUUUUGGAAUUGCCAAUGCAUACAAGGCAGACACAUCCAAUACCAAAAUCGAUUUGGGAGUCGGUGCUUAUCGUACAGACGAAGAGAAGCCCUACGUCUUUGAAAUUAUCAAGAAAUUAGAGAAGGAAGUAGUUAACGAUCCAACAUUAAACAAAGAAUAUUUACCAAUUGAAGGUUUGGCUGAUUUCAAUAAGGGAUGUCAAAAGCUCAUGUUCGGAUAAAACAGUCCUUUGAUCGCCUCUGGAUAAAUUGUCACAGCUCAAUGUUUGGGAGGCACAGGAGCACUCAGAGUUGGUUUUGAGUUUGUUAAGAGACACAUUCCAGGUGAUGUCUACGUGUCUAAACCUACUUGGAGCAAUCACAAUCAAGUCAUCGAAAGAGCUGGUUUGAAUCAAUCCGAAUAUCCAUAUUUCGAUCCAAAAACCAAAGGUUUCAAUUGUGCAGGAACUAUUGAAUGCUUAUCACAAGCCAGAAUGGGAUCAAUUGUCUUAUUACACGUUUGUGCUCAUAACCCAACAGGUGUUGAUCCAACAGAAGCUGAAUGGCUCUAAAUAGCUGAUGUUUGCAAGAAAAGAAGAUUAGUUCCAUUCUUUGAUUGUGCUUAUUAAGGAUUUGCAAGUGGAUGCAUUGAAAAGGAUGUUUUUGCCGUCCGCAAAUUUGCUGAACUUGGAUUCUAAAUGAUUGUCGCUCAAUCAUUCUCCAAAAAUAUGGGAUUAUACAAUGAAAGAGUAGGAGCUGUACAUAUUGUUACAUCCAACAAAGACAUCUCUGCAAGAGUUUUAAGCAACCUCAAAAUUGUCAUUAGAACCAUUUGUUCUAAUCCACCUGCAAUUGGUGCUAGAAUCGCUGCUAAAAUUUUAACUGACGAGAAGAAUUUCAAUGCUUGGGUUGAAGAAUUGAAGACUGUCACUGGAAGAAUCAUUAAAAUGAGAACUCUUCUCAAAUAAGAGUUAGACAACCUUAAAGUACCAGGAAAUUGGGAUCACAUCACCAGACAAACAGGUUUCUUCACAUUUACUGGUCUCACUCCAGAAUAAUGCGAUUUAUUGACAAAGCAAUAUCACGUGUAUUUGCUCAGAUCUGGAAGAAUGUCAAUGGCUGGAAUCACAUCCAAAAAUGUUAGAUAUUUGGCAGAGUCAAUUAAAGCUGUUGUAUAAAACAAAUGAGAUUUAUUAAUAAAUUAUUAAAUAAUCUAUUAUCAU